GUUGGGAGCCCAAUAAAGAGGAAAAAUACAUAAGCCUGUAGAUGUGUUGAAUGCUCAACAAUAAAGGAGAUUAUUACAUAAAUAGUUUAAAGAAAACAAAUGGCAGUUCCUUCAUGAAGUCACAGUCUCCACACAACAAUCCCUGUCUUCAGUCUUAAAAUAAAGAAAUUAAAAAUCAUGGUUUUUAGUGUCAUAGUGUUUUGCAGUUCACUGUUCCUCUUUUUAAAAAUGACCGACUCCUACGUUUCCGAACGUUUCCAUGAUUUUUUUUUCUUCUCACGAGAUUUGGCAGCCGCGUCCACUUCCUGUCACCAGCCGUUCGCAGCCAUGAUGCAGGAAGGGCUGGACGACGGACCCGACUUCCUCUCCGAAGAGGACCGGGGACCGCGAGCGGUAAACGUGGAUCUGGAGAUGGACGCCACGCUACAGGUGGACAUUUCUGACGCGCUCAGUGAGAGGGACAAGGUGAAGUUUACUGUCCACACCAAGAGUACGCUCCCCAAUUUCAAACAGAACGAGUUCUCUGUGGUCCGACAACAUGAAGAGUUCAUCUGGCUACACGACUCAUUCGUUGAAAAUGAAGACUAUGCAGGAUACAUCAUCCCUCCAGCCCCUCCCAGACCUGACUUUGAUGCAUCCAGAGAAAAGCUGCAGAAACUGGGGGAAGGAGAAGGAUCCAUGACCAAGGAGGAGUUCACCAAGAUGAAGCAAGAGCUGGAGGCAGAGUACCUGGCUAUCUUUAAGAAGACCGUUGCCAUGCAUGAGGUCUUCCUCUGUCGUGUGGCUGCUCAUCCCAUCCUCAGGAAGGACCUCAAUUUCCACGUCUUCUUGGAGUACAACCAGGAUCUGAGUGUACGAGGAAAGAACAAGAAGGAGAAACUGGAGGAUUUCUUUAAGAACGUUGUGAAGUCGGCUGAUGGUGUUCUAGUGGCUGGAGUCAAGGACGUGGAUGAUUUCUUUGAGCAUGAAAAGACGUUUCUACUAGAAUAUCACAAUAGAGUCAAAGAUGCUUCGGCCAAAUGUGACAGAAUGAUCCGCUCACAUAAAAAUGCUGCUGAUGACAUGAACAGAAUCGCCUCCUCUCUGUAUACAUUAGGAACACAGGACUCCACAGAUCUCUGCAAGUUUUUCCUGAAGGUGUCAGAGCUAUUCGAGAAAACUAGAAAAAUUGAGGCUCGAGUUGCAGCAGAUGAAGACCUGAAGCUGGCUGACCUGCUCAAAUAUUACCUUCGGGAGUCACAGGCUGCUAAGGACCUGCUGUACCGGAGGAGCCGGGGUCUGGUGGACUAUGAGAACGCUAAUAAAGCUCUGGAUAAAGCACGAGCUAAAAACAGAGAUGUUUUACAGGCAGAGACAAACCAGCAGCUUUGCUGCCACAAGUUUGAGAAGAUCUCUGAGUCUGCCAAGCAAGAGCUGAUAGAUUUCAAGACAAGAAGAGUGGCAGCGUUCAGGAAGAACCUGGUGGAGCUGGCAGAACUAGAGCUCAAACAUGCCAAGGGUAACCUGCAGCUACUGCAGAGCUGUGUGGGCGUCCUGAAAGGUAACACUUAACCGUCUCAUCCUGCCUGCAGCCAGCUGGACACGCCCACUGUUAGGACGGAGCCUGUAAGAAUGGACAAAACACUGAGACAUGUGGAGCAGACAGACAGCUGGGGGUCAAAAAUGACACGAAGUCUGUUUUCUUCAUCAGUAACCAAACACAGUCUUCAUCACUACUCACAAUCCCUAACGCCACCCAUGCUUGUUCUUCUGGUUCAUCAUCAGAACCUCAGCACCGGCACUGGUCCUCUUGGCCGAAUACAAGCACUGCAACACUUUUAGCGUGCUUUCAUUCUAGUCUGUCAGUUUAGAUAUUUAAUUGAUUUCUCCUGAACAUCCAUCAUUUGAAAGUCUUUAUCACCCAGAGAAAACAAUCUGGUGGGCCGUCUGGGCUCUGCAGUCUGGAUGUAGUUCAGCUCUCAGCUGUAGUUGGACAUUUAUUAGUAGUUGUGCUGAGUUUAAGUACCGCACGAAAAACUCUUUUAAAUACUCUACAUAAAAUAAAUUCACCAUAUAAUCUACAGAUAAAUGCAAUGAGAUGACAAAUAUGAUUUGUUGAUGUGUUCCACAAUUAUCCACACUAUCAAGCAACCUGAUGAAGUUACAUGAACGCCACUGGAAGGUUGAAAGUGAAAGCAGCAUGUUGGUCUGUACUAAAUGCCUCCAGUUUGUCAAAUGACCAUCGACUUAUUAACCCAACAGUGUAAACAUGGCACAUUUUGUUCUUAAGUGACUCAAAACAAUAAUUAAGAAAACACAUCAACUAAUACAGCAAACAUCCUUAUUGGAACACAAAUCUGAACUAUUUUUAGCUUCUCACUCUGCUUCCACGUCGCCGAGUUUUUUCUCUUUACUGACGCAUAUCUUAGUUGAUAAAUGUGUGUGUCACACUGGGAUGGUUUGUCCAUUUACUAAAUUAUUGGGAAGCAAAUCAGCAAAAAAGACUAAACUAAUUCAAUCCUGAAACGUUUCUGUUUUGCAUUGUUUCAGAGACAAGUUUGCUUGUUACCCACCAUGUCACCAUCCAUAUCUUCCUCCUCUGUUUUGGUGACGGUCGUAUGUCUGAAUCUGUUUUAACGUGUGUUACUGCUGGUAUGUGCAGGCGGAAGUCGGCUCUUGGUUCCUGUUCUAGUUUAAGUGUCAUUUAAAAGAAAAAAAAAUCUACAAAAAUUUACUUGUACUUGUUUGUAUUAACCAAUGAAUGCUAAUUGUCUGUUGCUUCGGUUUGUUUUCCAUUCCAGUCGAUGGUGGAGCUUCAGUCUUUUUGCCUUAAUGUCAGUCGUUCAGUUUAACUUUAUUUUUCAAAAAAAGAGAGAAAACUACACAAGAAAUGUUUUCAGUUUGUUUUUUUCAACAUUACUGUAUAUGAAUGUUUUUUCACUCUUAUGUGACCAAAGCUUCCAUUACCGAUUAAAAAUGAACAAUUAAAAAUGGAGGUGUGCUGAAAUAGAAAAGAGUUAAAUGAAUGAUUUUGAAAUUCACAUUAUUUUAAUUGUUUCAUCUUCAGCAGGUCUGUAAUCCACCCUGGUCAUCCUGAGAUUCAAUAAAACUUUAUGGACACUUUUCCUACAA